ACCGACUACCCAAACCCAAUUACCCAAAACCCUCAAAAACUCAAAACCCAAAUACCAAACCCAAAAACCAUAAAAACCCAAAAAAUAGAAAAGAAAAGAAAAAGAAACAAAAAAAGAAAAAGAAAAAGAAAAAGGAAGGCAUCCAGAACCUUCUUCCUCCCUCACACCCAAACCAACCUUCCUCCUCCACGCUCAUCGCACCUCUGCGCCCCCUGCUUACCGCGAGCCAGCCCUGCUCCGCGCUCCUUUUGCUUCCGUGACUGAACCUUGCCUCCUGCACUCUGCGCCCCUGGCUCCUGCGCCCGGCCUUGCUCUGCACUCUCCCCUCUGCAUCCCGUGCCUUUUGCGCCUAAGAUCCCGUGCCUUCUGCGCCCAGAUCUCGUGCAAUCAUACCCCUACUUCGGGCAAUCAUGCUCCUACACCCCCUUGCUGCUACACCGAACCAGCCCUUGCUGCUUGUGCCCCUGUACUGUUGCACCGAGCCUGCGCCUCCUGCACUCUGCGCCCAAUCCCGCACCCCUGCCUCUGCACGCUAUAGCCAUACAGAAAAAAACAGCAAUACCGAACAAAAUUGGCAUCAUUAGUGAUUGACGGAGCAAGACUUUUCUUUAUUUAUUUCAUUUUUUUUAUUUUGUUGUUUGGGUAUAUAUAUAUAGAGCAUAAAGUAGAGUACAGAAAGGUCUGGAGGGGUUUGAUUUCGAGUUUGGUUUUUUCUUUUUUUAGUUUUCUUUCGGUUUGUUUCUCUUCUGGGUUGUUCUUUCUGUGUUUCAUUUUUCUUCUCGUCACUGUAAACAAGAAAAAAAAAAGAGAAGCAGAAGAGAGAAGUCCGAAAGAGAGGGGUUUCGAAGAAGAAGGAUUUUCUGUUUUGAGGAAACCAACGGUUGGGAGAGGAUCAUCGACCUUCCAGAGGAGCUUCUUGUUUUUGGGUUUCAAAAGAGUUGCAUGCUCUAAGUCUCACUUGCUUUAGGUAAUCUUCGAAACAGAGGGUCCUUUUAGGGAAAUGGUGAAGGGAAUGGUGGGAGCUUGUGUAGAAGUAAAGAAGAAGAGGAUGGUGUAUUGGAAAAUACUCAAUUGUAUUCCCUUGAUUCAUUCUGUACAAGAAACUGAUAUAUAUACAAAUGUAGAAACAUAUCUGGUGCCUAUAAUUAUGUACAC